AAUCAAUAAAAAGGAAAAGGAAUUGUCUGCAACCGAGAGAAGACUGGGCACGACAGAACUGCUAAAUCAAGAUCUCCAGUCUCGUCUGCUCCAGGUGCAAAACGAACGCAAGAAACUUCAAGAUGAAUUAAAGGAAUUGCAAGCCGAAUUGGCCAAACUCACAAAGCAGUUGGCUGCCAUAAAAUUGCAGCUGGAGGACGAAAUAUUGAGAAGAGUGGAUCUGGAAAAUCGUCUUCAGAGCAUGAAGGAAGAGUUGUCUUUCAAAGAAUCUGUUCACGAAAAGGAAUUGACUGAAACGCGAACCAUAAAACACACAGAGAUAACCGAAAUCGACGAAAGACUGAAAGAACAGUACGAACAAAAGUUAUCGGAUACACUUCACGAGUUGAGAGAGCAAUACAAGUCACAGAUCCAGAUGAACAGGGAAGAAAUCGAAAACAUAUAUAAAACAAAGCUGGACGAUCUGCAGAGAAGAGCGGAUCAAAACAGUAACAGCGCCUUCACUGCCCGAGAAGAACUGCACAGUUUUAAGAAUAAACUGGAAAGUCUGUCGUCGAAAGUAAACGAUCUAGAAACACAGAAUGCCAAACUACAGAGUCGUGUCCGUGAUCUGCAACUGCUGUUGGAACAGGAGAGAGACUGGCACCAGUCAGCCAUGCACGCCAAAGAGGAUGAAAUUAAAAGACUGAGAGAACAGAUGGAAAGACAGAUGAACGAGUACCAAGAUCUGUUGGAUAUUAAAGUGGCUCUAGACAUGGAAAUCACUGCUUACAGGAAACUUCUGGAAGGAGAAGAAUCUAGGUUGAACAUUUCACUGAACGCAUCUGAAAAUUCAUACGUUCAGAGCACUCCAGCAGCGGCGGCUUCGACUCCCACUAGAGGAUCAAAAAGGAAGCGCACUGUAUUCAGUCAGAUGGAAGAGAAGUGCGACUCUUCCACCCAGGCUUCGUCGUCCACCAAGGGAGACGUAGAAAUCGUCGAGUAUGACUCAGACGGAAGAUUCAUUAAGAUUCACAACAAAGGAAAUAAGGAGCUUCCCAUUGGAGGAUGGCAGCUAGUGCAGAAAACUUCCGAAGAUGAAGGAACCUCCUUCAAGUUCCAACGAAACACCACUAUCAGUUCACAUGCUUAUGUCACAGUAUGGAGUUCUGAUAGCGGUACUUCACACAGUCCUCCCAGAGACAUAGUCAUGAGGGGACAGUCGUGGAUUCCUUCGGAUUCUUCUACCGUCACACUACUAAAUAACAAUGGAGAAGAAGUGGCUUCUUACAAACUUAUCAAAGAAUCUCACUGUUCUGCAACUCACAAUUUGUCUGACUCCGGAUUAUCCGAAAGCAUUUUACAGGAUCGUUCAGAAUCUUCUCAUUAAAGGAAGGUGGCUGGCCACCCAUCCACCGGUGUUUUUAUCGUCGCAUUUGUUUUGUGUACUUCAGUAUUAUUUUUUAGUUUAAUCUCUCUCUCUUCUCUGACCAAAAAUGGAGAAGAUUGUCUUUUGUCUGUACUUUGUUUCUGCCUUUAUUCACAUUUUAUUUUUUAUACGCAUUUUUUCUUUUCAAUGCAUUUCUACACUAACUAAAUUAUUUCGUAUCAAAUAAUUGUUGUUCUAAUGCCGAGGAUAAUUAAAAUUCCAAAAAAGGAUUCCGGAGUCCUUACGGGUACUUUUGUUUUGUCAGUUCCAAAUUUUUAAAUCUGGUUGCUUGCCCUCAAACAUACUAAAACUAUACCAAAUCAUCUUUCUUUAUUUGUAGUCAAGAAAAGCGACAAGAUUCAGUGAUGGCAAGAAAGACAUGGUAAACUUAAUUAACAUAACAUGUGUUUGUCUUUAACACACUGCAAUGAUGAAACUGGUCAAUUUGUUUAGCAGAGUCUGCACUAAUUGUUAGUGUUCUUUGGAGAUGGAAACAGUUAGUCAUUGUGCCAUUUCUGUGGCAAAAUGCAGUAACUAGUCUUCUUGCACUUCUCAUUAUGUAAUGGACUGGUGAUUAGUGCAUCAACCAUCACAUAUCAAGGAAAUGAUUGACCACUUUGUCGCCUUCCCGGUUUUAGUCUUCCGGGUAUUAAGGGAGCUUCCUAGACUGAGGCAAGGGUCUUCUGCCGGACUAGUCGUAACAUGCAUUAAAGCCGGUAGCUUAAUAAUAAACACCGCAUUUUAGUGCCUCUAUUUAUAAUGCAACUUCGGUCAAAUGUACCAAUUAUUUGCUUUUAAUAAAUAUCAACUUAAAUAGUU